UCAGUCGAAGGAUCAAAAGCGAUCAAACAGUUCUAAUACGACCGAUUUGCUCGUCUUUGUCACGAAAAAGAUAUAAAGGCAUGGACAGGAAAAACAAAAAUCCUUUUUAAUUCAAAUACACUUAAUGUAAUUUUUUUCAGUCAAAAUUUCAUCAAGGCAGCUCAUUAUAUUCGUGUCAAACUGAUUUAGAUUGACUGCACAACCGCGGAAUAAUGGCAGUGAAUCUGGAAGAGUAUUUUCGCACAACAUUUGAAGACAAGCUUCUUGUCAAAAUGCCAGAACGAGAAGAUGAUCACCUCACGCCUGCAACAAGGCUUCUUGAAAAGAGAAGAGAAAUGAGUGAAGUAGAACAGGCGUUAGCAGCGCAGAAAGAGGAAUUUCAAAUGAAAAUGGAAAGUUUGCAACAAAGAAGAGAAGAACUUGAGCGAAAAGAGUUUCAUCUAAAAGAGUCUCUUUUGAAAUUUGACAAAUUCCUUAAGGAGAAUGAUUCUAAGAGGACUAGAGCUGAAAAGAAAGCUAAAGAUGAAAGUGACGCAAAGAAAACAAAAGAUGGAGAAAUAGCUAGAUUACAUGAAGAAAUCACAAUUCUUGCAAGAAAACAAGACAAAAUGCAAAGAAAAUUAGAGAGAUACUCUAUGUACCAGAGGUAUUUGGACAAGGUUCUUGAAGUGGCCGAAGAAUUUCAUGAAAUCAGGGAAAUUACAGCUAGAUAUGAUACACUUAUAGCAACUCAUAUGGAACUACUUGAACGAGAACAUAGAAACCAAGAUGCAAUGGAGAAAGAAAAAGCCAGAUUAAACAGGUUUAUUGAGGAGAAAAAUAAUGAAAAUCUGAAUUAUAAUAAUCAGCUUGCACAACUUCAAACCCAGCUUGAAGAGGCACAGAGUAAUGCUGUUAAAUGGGAAUCCCAAUGGACAUUUAUUCAAAACACUGCUGCAGAAAAGACACUUUUGUUGGGCAGAAUUAAAAUGGCAACACACAAUUUGUACAUGCUUGUUAAUAAACAUCUAAAGCAAGAUGUGCCUGCGGAAGGAACAAUGGAUCAACUAUCAAAGAUUCAAACGUUCAUACAAGACUUGACUCACAUUGCAAAUGAUAUCAAGCGAUCUGAAGUGACGAAUACGUCCGUCUCAAUUGUGACUGCUUGAAAAUUAUUUAUGUAAAAAAGUUAAUUUUUAUACGCAUUAUUGCCUUAGUUACGUCAUUUGUUUGUGACGUGUAGUUUUAAUGAAUAAGAUUUAAAACCAGUAUUUCAAAUAAUACUGUUAUAAGCUGCGAUAUUUCUUGUCGAAGUUACUAAAUUUUGGUUCAAUAUGUUUAUCUUCUGUGGAAAAAUUAUUUACGACAUUAUGAACAAUUUUUUUUGUCAAACUAAAUGGCGAUCCUUUCCAUUGUCUUUUUGCUCUAAUUGAUAUUUUAUACAAUUCAGUUUCUUAAAACUGAUAUUUAAAAAGGCCAACGUUCUGCAUUCCUUUGGCUAAGAGCCUUUUUCAAAGAAAAAAAGCACGACAAAGAAAUGGCGACAGAUUUGAGACCAAAAUGGAAAAUUUGCUUUUCUUUUUAAUUAUGUCUGGCUUUUACACCCCUUUUUCUCCUAUAUCGACGCUCGUAAAGGCAAGGCAAGGAGAUAAAAGUGUGUAUAUGAUCAGAAAAAUAUUGAAAUUGAUCUUCAGUUUUUACUUCAUGAUAUUGUCAUCUUUGAUGUAUUAUUUUUUCGUUACUAAUAUGCUUCAAAGAGUAUUCCUGUAAUCAUAAACCGAUUUCAUCAAAAUUCAUUCUUUGAAAAUUGCUGAAAUACAAACUUCAGUCUACUUUACUUUCUGUCUUAUAAAUCUCUACAAAGUUACUGAAUACUGGAAUGAUUUUGGUGAGAAAAGUUCUUUACAGCACGGUUGUGUCUUGUACAUUCUCCUCCUUAAAAAAUCAUUCCAAUGGGAUAACUGAUGUUUUAUUUCUAGAUUUUCCAGGCUUUUGGCCAAACAGCCCUAAAUAGCUGAACGUCGAAUAGCCUAAAAGAUAUAAUCAAGCUUUGCAAUUGAAAAAUUGGAUUAAAAGUUCCUUCUAAAAGUAUAGCUCUGGCUUGUGAUCAGUCUGUCACUUUGUGUCGUCACAGAAGGAUGUUAUCAGACCUCCAAGGUAAUCUUAAUUCUUAAUCACCGUUGUAGAAUAUUCUUGGACCUAAUGCAAGAUGGUUGCAGUUGGCUCAAGCACCGCGGAGCAGGAGGGCUGGGGGGGCUUGUGCAAAAAAUUCAAAAUAUUAAGUAACAAACUACCAGUAAAGCCUCUUUUAUGCGGUUUUAGCCCCAACCCCCCUCCCCACUUUUUUAGACCCCCACUUUUCUCAACGCUUCGAGGUGCCUAUGGCUGCCAUAUUUUUUAGGUGGUGACACUUUUCGGGCGUAAGUUUCUGUGGGCUGCUUUCCGAAGUUCAAUCAAUGUGGUUUUCAGGGCUGGGGUAACUGAAGGGUUGCAAGUUUUUAUGGAUUUUUAAGGCUAAAAGGUUUCACAAAUUCAUUUUCUCAAGUUUAUGCUGGCUUCCUGACAAAAAAUUUUCAGAUGCCAAAACUA